UCGAUGAUAAUCAAAGUGGAUUGUAGAUCAACAGAUCUACUUACUACUAGAUAAAAUAUUUAGUAAUAUAGUAGAAUCUUGAGUCUAGAUUCUAGUUAGUUAGGUGGUGAGAUACCAGAGAUUAGUGAGAAGGCCUUACCUUGAACCUUGCCUUUUAAAAAAUCUGAAUGUAAUUUCUGAACAGGAAAAAAAAUUAAAAUAGUUAACUCAAACUGCAAUGGUGCGAGUUCUCAAAUGUCAUAGCUUUUCUUCACAACAAGUCAUCCCUGUAAAGAAAGAGCCUCUAACUAUUUGUGCUGAUGAUGACAAAGUCUUUAUUGCCACUAGUGACUGUGAAAUCCUUAUCUACCAAGUUCGUGAUGGAAACUUUAAAGAGAUUCACAGAUGUCCAACAAUUUCAGAAGUUGAUAAAAUUGUAUACAAUAGUUUCAAAAACUACAUAGCAACUAUUGAACUUAAGAAGUCAUGGAAAAGAGAAAUGAAAUCAGCCCAUAUAUACUUAAACUGGCAACUAAACACAAAAGAAAAAGGAAAGCCAAGAACUAAAGUAAGUGUGGCAGGCAAAUCACAUGUGCAGUAUGUGACAAGUAGCUCAAGUUCACCUGUAAUGGAAAUAGUAGAGGUUCCUGUGGAAAAAAAUGCCAGCUGCAUAGCUGUAUGCAAAUAUACAGGUAAUUUUGCCAUAGCCUGUAGCUCAGAAGUUAAACUUUGUACUGUUGUGGAGAAAACCGUAGCUAAUUCUAACAGUACUUAUAUAGACGUGGAGGUAUUUUUGGAGUUGUGUUGGAAUUUUCAAAUUACAUCUCUCUCCUUGUGUGAAGAAUUUAUUGUAUGCUGUUCUCAUAAAGAGAUUCAAGGCAUUAGGGUCAGGUAUGAUGAGAGCGAAAAGAUCAACCCCAGAUCGCAAAAAAAGUUUGUGACAUCCCCAACCACUUCAAUCAGCUCAGAAGGCCGUUCUGUGUCCACCUACAUGGACAACGAAUUGCUGUCCCCCAACACACAAACUACUAACCUUGACCAGGACUCUAGCAGACUAUCAUCAGGGGCAGCAACUCCCCAGUCUGUUGUCAGUGAAACCUUCAUGUUUCAGGAUCAGCGGUCGCUAGGAAGGGUCACAUUUUCACCACAAAGUGACAGUGAGGAUACAGAGUCCAAAGAGUUUAAGCCACAAAAGCGGUUAAAUUUGGAUGCCAAAAUGGGAAAAGAUCUCUCAUCUGUGGGUAUGUGGCAAGGGGGCUGGCAAAGCCCCAAGCCCACAACUUUGCAACAGUUGGAGGCCACUGAGACCAAGAUAGUGAAUGACGAAAACUUUGUGGAGUGGAAUUUCCAGCCAGGGGGUGGGGCUGCAGGCAGCUCAGCUGUUUGCCUACCUGGUCUGCACACACCUGUCACACAAGCCCAGUGCCAUCACCAUGCUAAGACUAUAAGCCCACCUGUUUUGUCAGACUUCUCAGGUGGGAAUAGGAAAUCUAGUUCUGGAGUUCAAGCAGAGACAGUUUUGUAUCUGAGUGACACACGGGAACAGGAGGAUUGGAUGAGUGUCACAUUGAUUCCAACAUACAGCGGAGGACUGAGCACACCUCUGAGAGUCCCGAGCGUGAACACAGACAGAAUGAGGUCCUUGCUGAGCCCUACUAGGACCUCUAUGUGUUGUUAUGUCAGUGGAAACAGGGGAGGCUACCUGUACCAGCUGUCACCUGCCUUGAACCAGAUUUCUUUGUACAAGUACACAGACCAGGCCACACAGGUCGGAGUAAGUGAGAGCCAUCUACAUGUUGCUACAGCCACUGGCAUAGAAACGUACACAUCUCGUUGGGGUGUUCUGUCUCAGGAGAUGAUGAAAAAAGGACAUUACGAUGAAGACAGUCAUGAGAAGUGUUACCCACCCUCCAGCUUAGAUAUUUGUUUAUGUGGACAUGAGCCCUUCUUUGGAGUUGCCAAUUUGUCUGUUGGGAAAAAUUUUCUGGCUCUGUUAUCCAAAGUCCAAGACCCAGCUGGGAAAGAAGCACAUUGGAGUGUCUACAUUCUACACGUGUUCAACUUGAUUGAAUUGUAUAAAGAAAUGAUAUCAUUUGCUGAAGGCAUCCAUAGCACAGGCCCAUCAUCCUACAUCCACCUGUUACUGGAGGCUCACCUGUUGGUCAGUACUCACCCACUCUGUACCGUCAUGCAGGACCCAGGUGUCAAGGAGUGUUUGCAGCAAGUCAGUCGGCUGAUUGGAGAUUAUUACUCGAAGCCAGGUCAAGAUGAAUGGCACUUGUGUUGUUCCUACUAUAGAAGCUCUGGUGUGCCGGUCAAUGAGAUUGUAGCAGACAUCAUGGAACAGACUGAAAAACAUAACAGGAGAGAGUUUGGUAAAGGUGUCCUGGACUACCUGAACAAUGUCCUGUUCUUACAAGAUGAGUACAUAGACCUCAGUAGCAGCUCUUGUGAUAACAUCCUCAAAAUGUACGCAGUGUCAGCACCAGAAAAACUUUCUAAAGUCAUUUUGCUGUCAAAUAUGAAGGCAUUUACUCCAGAAACUGCUUUUCAUCAUUUAAAAACCUGGUUGUCAGUCAAGUCUAGCAGUUCCCAACAAAUUACUCCAGUAGAUAAACUAGCCAUGGUCCAGUUACAUUUAACCAUGUGUGAGGUGGAGAUGGCCAGAACAGAACUUAACUCCAUCCAAAAAAGCAACCUUGUUGACGUGUGUUCGUCUCACCCAACCCUCAUUCAUGAGAACUUCAACUCCUUUACGCCGCUAGCCCAGCUGUUGAGGCAGCACAUGUCUGGCACACUGCUGGAGAUACUGGUGGAGAUGCUAGACAUGUGUGUCAUGUCGUUAGACUCUCUCCUGUAUCUGCUCAAGAGUCAGAGUGAAUCCGACGACCCUUACAGCAACCAUGUAAGAGAAGUCUUGGAGCUGAUAUUAACAGAUCACAAAAGAGUAUUUCUAUUUGAAGAAGCUGUUACUUUACUUUGUGAAAUCUAUAUUAAAAAAUUAAAAGACAAGUCACAGCCGACCACAAAGCAAAAUGCGACCACAAGUUUUCAAAAGUUUUCUUUGCCUCAAGGUAAUGGACAUUUUGCUCCAAGAUUUGGUUGGCUAGAUUUCCUUCCACCAUUUCAAGGCCCACAAAAAAUGAUUAGGCCAUGUAUAAGGUUAGAGUUCAAGCCAAUGCCAGGUCAAGGGUUAAGGACUGCAUCAAUACCUAUCUCAGCCGUAACAAAACAGGGUUUGAGUGAAAAGUGCAACUGCUGCAGCUGCAGUGAAAGUCUUCUCAAGUUGCAGUCUCUAUUAUGUUCCACAAGAACCACAAAUGAGCUUGCCAGUUUGGUCCUCCAAUUGUUGGGGUCAUCACAGAUUGAAUGUGAAGACUUUUCUGCUCCUCCAGGAGAUGACUUCUCUGACAGUAUAAAACUUCUGUGUUUGAUAAAACUUGACUUGGAUAAAGCUACGGAACAAAUUGUUGACAAAUAUCCUAACAUAGUUGGAUCUUUUGCCUCUUGCUGUUUUAAUGACAGUGUUGAAAAGUAUACCUAUCUUUUGCGCUACAUGGAAGCCGUUAUGAAGAAAUUUUUAGAAACACCAGAUGCUGAUACUGAAGAAAUCUAUGUUAAAGCUUAUAAAGAUUUGUUGACAAGACUAACAGAGUUAUUCCACCCUGCCCAAUUCCUGGAACUUCUGCCAGCAGAUGGCAGCCUGUACUUCCUGAUUCCAUUUUUGUCUUCUAGUCUUGAAACUGAACACACAGAGCAGUUAAAAAGAAAAAUUGUCCACAUGGGAAAAGAACUAAUGUCCCAGGUUUGAUGUCAUUCAGUUUUAACCCUCUUGGACAUUAAUUAGCAGCAAUAUGAGCAAGUCAUCAAUUUAGUAAUUUUUGUACAUUUUUUAUCUUGUCAACCUGUCUAAAACAUCUUUUUGUGUGUUUUAAUUACAGGUAUAUUCAUUAAAAUAAUUUGUAUGUAGAUCUAUAUGCAUUUAUAAACUAUUUUUUUAACUUAUUUUAUUUAUACUGUUCAAAAUGUAUAAAAUCCCCAAUAAAUUUUG